AUAUAUAUAUAAUUUUGAGUAUCACGUCAAAUGGUUUUAUUCCGAAUAUUUCUAGGAUAAUAUUUAACGCAUCAUGUUUAUUACAAGAAUAUAUUUGGCAACAAGUGUGUCAAAUCGAAAUAGUAUCAGACACGCGGUGUCUGCCGCCCAUAUUCGCGAUAGUAUGCGAUGCAUGCAUGUAUGUCGUAUGUAUGUAUGUAGUAGCAAGUCGCUACCGCCAUUGGAGCUAGAACCGAAGCGCGUAGUUUGACAGCGGCGGCGAUCAGCUGUUGCGAAUGUUUACGUUCGCGAGUAUUGGCUGACGAGGGAGAAUCGGCGCAUGGUGGUGGGUCGCGGCUACCAUCCCAGUCCCUUUCAGUCCGUCGCGUCGUCCAGUUCGCAUAAUUUACUUAGUGCUUAUCGUAUUUAUUGCCGUGCGUGAAACGUGUUGCGCUGUCGCGCGUUUUUAUGCAAAUGCCAACGCGCACCUUUCCAUCCUUUCCAGAAACGGGAUUAAAUCAAUUUGAAGAUGGGGGGAAUGUUCAGAAGCGAGGAGAUGGCCCUUUGCCAACUGUUUAUUCAGCCGGAAGCAGCUUACCUUUCCGUUUCUGAACUAGGAGAAACCGGUACGGUGCAAUUUCGUGAUCUGAACGGCGACGUGAAUUAUUUUCAACGGAAAUUUGUCAAUGAGGUUCGACGAUGCGACGAACUGGAGCGCAAGCUUCGAUAUAUCGAGGCGGAAGUCAGGAAAGACGGUGUGCCGAUCCCGGAUAAUCUUACGGAACUACCGCGGGCACCCAACCCACGUGAGAUUAUAAAUCUCGAGGCGCAUCUUGAGAAAACGGAGAACGAUAUACAAGAGCUGAGCCAGAACGGGGUAAAUCUGAAGAGCAACUAUCUCGAGCUGACGGAAUUUCAGCACGUACUCGAAAAGACGCAAGUGUUUUUCACGGAGAAUCAAGAUUCGUUUCUUCUUCUUCUGUAUCAACAGGAAGAAGCCAACGACUCGAUCACCAAGGCGCUCAUUAACGAGGAAGCACAGAAUCCAGCAAUUUCGAUUCGUGGACAUCUGGAAUUCGUCGGCGGAGUGAUAAAUCGCGAACGAGUUCCUGCCUUCGAGAGAAUGCUUUGGCGUAUAUCCCGUGGAAACGUAUUUCUUCGGCAAACUGAAAUUGAAAAACCGUUAGAAGAUCCAGCUACGGGCAACAAAAUUUAUAAAACAGCCUUUGUGGCGUUUUUUCAAGGAGAACAGUUGAAAACUCGUAUUAAGAAGGUUUGCAUUGGCUUCCGUGCCUCGCUCUAUGAUUGUCCGACGAGCCAAGGUAAACGUCAGGAAAAGCUGAAAGCUGUGCGAACACAGUUGGCGGAUCUUAACUUGGUUUUAAACCAAACGCAAGAUCAUCGUCAACGUGUUUUACAUAAUGUGGCGAAGGAAUUGCCAAACUGGAGCAUUAUGGUUCGAAAGAUGAAAGCCAUUUAUCAUACGAUGAAUCUGUUCAACAUGGAUGUAUCGAAAAAGUGUCUUAUUGGAGAAUGUUGGGUACCUAUUGCCGAUCUCGGGACCGUGCAAAAUUGUCUUACAGAAGGCUCGCAACAAUGCGGGAGUUCUAUACCAUCGUUUCUCAACGUGAUCCACACGGAUGAAAAUCCCCCGACGUUCAACAGGACAAACAGAUUUACGAGAGGUUUUCAAAAUCUGAUCGAUGCAUAUGGUGUGGCAUCGUAUCGCGAAGCUAAUCCGGCGCUUUACACCAUCAUUACGUUUCCCUUCCUGUUCGGUGUUAUGUUCGGCGAUGCUGGCCAUGGGCUGAUACUGACGCUUUUUGGCGCUGCUAUGGUGCUACGGGAGAAGAAGAUCAUCGCGCAAAAAUCAGACAGUGAAAUUUGGAAUCUAUUUUUCGGCGGCCGUUAUAUCAUCCUCCUCAUGGGUCUGUUCUCCAUCUACAGCGGUUUCAUCUACAAUGAUAUAUUCGCAAAGUCAGUUAACAUAUUCGGAUCUAGUUGGAGGGCCAUGUAUACGUUCAAUGAUACACUAUAUAACAAGACAUUGGAAUUGUUGCCGGAGGCGAAGGCGGAGCACUAUCUGCAAGAACCAUAUCCUCUGGGCAUAGAUCCGGUUUGGUCGCUCGCUCACAACAAAAUUGUAUUUCAGAAUUCGUUCAAGAUGAAGCUGUCGAUAAUUUUCGGCGUCGUACACAUGAUUUUUGGUGUGUGCAUGAACGUUGUUAAUAUCACGUAUUUCAAGAAGUAUUCCAGCUUGUUCCUUGAAUUUCUACCACAAUUGCUCUUCCUUGUCUUCCUAUUCUUUUACAUGACUGCCUUGAUGUUUAUUAAAUGGAUUUUAUACGACGCUUCGUCUGACGAUGAAGGACGAAGACCAGGUUGCGCACCAUCGGUUUUGAUUACAUUUAUUAACAUGAUGCUCUUCAAAAAUGCCAAUGUGCCCGCGGGUUGUUCCGAGUACAUGUUUGAGGGGCAGGAUAUUUUGCAGAAAGUUCUCCUGUUCUCUGCCUUAGCAUGCGUCCCCAUAAUGCUGUUUGGAAAACCGUUAUUUAUAACAUGCUCGAAAAAAAUUGAAACUUCAGGGAAAACUUACAGCAACGGAAGUGCGUCCCAGGACAUCGAGUUGCAGCCGCAGGAAUUGCAGAGCGCGGAGACCAGUAAAGAUGCGGUGGGUGGUCAUGGUCACAACGAAGACAGCUUCGGUGAGCUAAUGAUCCAUCAAUCCAUCCACACCAUAGAGUACGUCUUGUCUACCGUCUCGCACACUGCCUCCUAUCUACGGUUGUGGGCGCUGUCUUUGGCUCAUUCCCAGCUAUCCGAAGUACUCUGGGGUAGGGUGUUGCGGAUAGGCUUAGGGGCCGAAGAGGAUAAUUAUGUCAAAAGUAUUAUACUGUUUUUCACCUUUGCUGUCUGGGCCUUCUUUACCAUCGUCAUUCUCGUCAUGAUGGAGGGCCUCUCGGCGUUUCUUCAUACGCUUCGACUUCAUUGGGUCGAGUUUAUGACCAAGUUCUACGAGGGUUUAGGAUAUCCCUUCCAGCCAUUUUACUUUAAGAAUAUUUUAGACGCUGAAGAUGCCGAAGAGUAAAUAGCCGCUAGUCUAUACAGCAAUAAUUGUUAGAUAUAUGUUUACCGAACAUAUUGCGGGCGAAGACCUUUUUAUAUAUUAAGUAUUUUCAUAUACGCAAAAUCUUGUCUUGUUGCCUGGGGAAGUGUAAAAGAAAGACCAAAUCGCCGUGAAUUGUUUCAAACAAGUCUGACAAUGCGCCUUCUUCAAUAAUUUUAACCAUCGAUCACGUGUCUGUAAAUCGGCCAAACAUGCGCACGGUAAUUGCAAUAACAGAUUUAAAAUAUACGUUU